AUGCUCCCUACCACCCUUUCCAACCCCUCGUCGACGUGCGUGUCCGUGGGAUCCGACACAGAGUACCAGCGCUAUCUGUCGGGUACGCCGUCAGAGGUCACAUCGGUGCCUUCACGACCCCUGUCUCGAAGCUCCACGUUAUCGGGCAUCUCCACGACCGCCACUCUGGACGGUGUGGAGGGCAAGAGAACACGUGGCCGGCUCCACGACCUGAUUCCCACGUCGGACGCCACCCUGGACAUUGGCCACAGUGAGCCCCACGCACAGCCAGACGACGAGGUGCGCCAGACUGGGCCCCCCAACAGCGCUCAAGCCGCUCGACAACAAUCUACGACUACUAACAACAAUAACAACAACGACAUUAACGCAACGACACCGACGCUGUCGGCAUCACCGGACGAGCACACGCAACUCGACAAGGGCACCACCCGUCCCGUCACCAUCGAGGAGAAGAUUGAGCUCAUGGAAGGAGGUCCCCAGAGCGAUCUGCCUAACGAGAGCGAUUUUGCAUAA